AUGGAAACAGCUAAGAAUCAAAAAGAUCAUUGGUCUGCUUCGGCCUAUCAAAACUCCGCUUCCUUUGUUCCAAAGCUUGCGGGAAAGGUUUUGGGUUGGUUGGAUGUGCAGAAUGAUGAUGUGGUGUUGGAUAUUGGGUGUGGUGAUGGAAUCAUCCCCGUUCAAAUCGCACACACGCUUUCAAAAGGAUCAGGAAGUAUCCACGGAAUUGACAGUUCGGAAGAUAUGAUUGCUGCUGCCAAAAAGGCCGCUGCUACAGAGGGUGAAGAGAUUUCGGGAAUUUGUACAUUUCAAGUCCUCGAUGCAUCGUCUCCUCAAGACCUCUCCACCCUCCCAUCUCAAACAUACACCAAGAUCUUCUCCAACGCUGCACUCCACUGGAUUCUCCGUCCCGAAGCCACCCGUAAACAGUUCUUCACAGAAAUCAAAAGACUUCUCAAACCCAACGGAGUUUUCGUCUUCGAGAUGGGAGGUAUGGGUAAUGUAGCCGAGAUGCGCACCGCGUUGUUGAGCGUUGUUGGGCGUCGCUUGUGGAUGAGGAGUGUGCUUGCUUCUUCUUCAUCAUCUUCUUCUUCAGAUGUGAAUAAAGAAGGAGAAGGAGAGGGAGAAUGGAAAAUUGAGAAAUUGGAAAGAGAAUAUAGGGCUACGCCGACAGAUAAGGGGGGAAUAGAAGGCUGGGUGAAGUUGAUGGGGAAACAGUUUUUUGAUGUUCUUGGGGAGGGGGAAGAGAGGAAGGAAGCAGAGAGAGAGGUUUGUGAGGUGUUGGAAAGUGUGUGUAGGAGUCCGGGGGGUGGAGAUUGGAUUGGUUUUAGCUCGCUUUUGGCAGGAAACAAAUGCAUGUCUACAAGUCUACCGGAUCAGAAGUUCAUUUUUAUCAAAAGUUAG